AUGGCUUCAUUGAUUAUCUUCUUUGCCAUUUCGGCAUCUUUCGUUGCAGCAACACGACAUUCAUUACCGUAUGUUGCCGAUGUGCCAAUCACACGUUAUCCUAAAGCUAACAUCUCCACGACCACUAGCCACGGAGGAUAUUACAACUUCUUGAAUAUUCGAUGUGGAGAAGCUCCUAUUGGCCCACUACGUUUUUCCAGACCUGUUCCGCCGCGAACUGUCAAUCGGACUAUUAGUACCGGCCAAGAAGCAAGAACAUGUUAUCAAGCACAUCCUCUUUGGUUGAAUACGGCAUGGCAACGUAUUCAAGGCGUACCGUUAGAUGAGAUUAAGCCAAGCUCAUUUGAUAUCAACAACCCACCCUCGCAUGAUGCCAGUCAAUCUGAAGAUUGCUUAUUUCUCGAUGUUAUGGCAACUACUAAAAUCUUUGAUAAAAAUUCAAACACCGAGCCUUGCGAUGAAGGAUCGGGGGCCCCUGUUCUAGUUUGGAUUGAUGGAGGAGGUUUUACUGGCGGUUACAAACAUGAAACAAAUCCUGCAGGACUGAUCAAAAACUCAAUAAUACUGGGAGAAGAGUUUGUGUAUGUUUCUAUCAACUACCGACUUGGUCUUUAUGGCUUUCUUGGUGGACCAACUUUGAGAUCCAAUGGAGAUGCAAACGCAGGUCUACUUGAUCAACGACUAGCUUUAGAAUGGGUUCAAGAAUACAUACAUUUGUUUGGAGGUGAUCAGAAUCGAGUAACAGUCAUGGGUGAAUCAGCCGGAGGUGGUUCUAUACUACAUCAGAUUACAGCGUUUGGUGGAAUGCGAGGACCUCCACCUUUUCAACAAGCGAUUUUGCAGAGUCCAGGCUUUCAGCCAAAUCCUGGAAGCAUCCAGCAAGAAAAGAUAUUGUAUUAUGUCUUGAAUGAUGCAAGUAUAUUCUCAAACAGGUCUAUUACAACUAUUGACGACCUACGUUCACUCGAUGCUCGGACUUUGGCUAAAGUUAAUGAUUUUAUCGUUGCAAAUUCUUAUUACGGCCUGUACACCUUUGGUCCAACUGUAGAUGGACACUUCGUACCUGCACUCCCCGGUCAGAUACUAGCGGAUAAGAAAUUUCAUACUUCGUUGGCACUAAUGAUAGGGAGGAAUGAUCAAGAAGGUGUUCUAUUCACUUCACCGUACAUUUCCACCAAAGAAGAAUACAUCUACAACGUCAAGUGGUUCUUCCCAGACGCCCCAUCAAACACCAUCGAUCACAUAGUCUCUCUCUAUCCCGAUCAACUUGAUGGAUCGUAUGGUUACACGAAUGAAAUGUUACGAGCAGCUGUCACCAGUGCUGAAUCAUGUUUUACCUGCAAUACAAGAUACUUGAAUGCCAAAGUACGAAACAACUCAUAUGUCUAUUCAUUCAAUGUGCCUCCGGCGCUACACGCAGAGGAUGUCGGAUAUACAUUCUAUAAUGGUCCUGGAAGUCUCACUUGGGAUGGGAAGCCUGUGUUUGGAGGAGCUGCACUCUCUUUGCAGGAUUAUAUCGUCAACUUUGUGGCAACUGGUACACCAAACGGCAGAAGAGUUCCCGAAUUUCCACUUUACGGUGAUGAAUCGAAUGUUCUCAGUAUCAACUCAUCAUUUUUGGGAACUGUCUCUAUUGAUCCUGUCGGUAUCAACGGGAACACCUUUCAGGUCUACGAUGGUAGAAAGCCCGACGGGUGUUCAGUAUUAAUACUUUAUAAAACUUAUUGA